CGGGCGCAGAGCCGCGCUGGAGACCGGCGGGGCCGCCGCGCCCGACUCUGCCCCGGCCCUCCCCGCUCCUUCUCCUUCCCUCCGCCUCGCCAAAGCUUCUCCCUCUCCUCGCUCCGGACUUUUUUGGUCUUCUUACUUUUUGUAAUUUUUUUUUUUUUUUGGCGUUUUUGUGCUGAGGAGAAGUCAUUAAAAGUUGUUGUUUUGUUGUUUUUUGCGCACUUCUCGCUGUUCUUCCCCGUCCUCUCCGCCGCCGGUGGAGACUUUGUUUCUCCGAGUUUUUACUUUUUGAACCCGUCCCUGCCCCUUAGCGCCUAACUUUUUUAUAUUUUUUUAUUGUUAAUUUUUUUUUUCGCCCCGUUGUUCCCCCCUCGGCCACUUUCUCGCAUGAAUCUCCUCGACCCUUUCAUGAAAAUGACAGAAGAACAGGACAAAUGUAUCUCCGACGCCCCCAGCCCCACCAUGUCGGAUGACUCCGCCGGGUCCCCCUGCCCCUCUGGAUCCGGCUCGGACACGGAGAACACCAGACCCCAAGAGAACACCUUCCCCAAGGGGGACCCGGACCUGAAGAAGGAGAACGACGAGGACAAGUUCCCGGUGUGCAUCCGGGAGGCGGUGAGCCAGGUGCUGAAGGGCUACGACUGGACCCUGGUGCCGAUGCCGGUGCGGGUGAACGGCUCCAGCAAGAACAAGCCGCACGUCAAGAGACCCAUGAACGCCUUCAUGGUGUGGGCGCAGGCGGCCCGCAGGAAGCUGGCGGACCAGUACCCGCAUCUGCACAACGCCGAGCUCAGCAAGACCCUGGGCAAGCUCUGGAGGCUGCUGAACGAGAGCGAGAAGCGCCCGUUCGUGGAGGAGGCCGAGCGGCUGCGGGUGCAGCACAAGAAGGACCACCCCGACUACAAGUACCAGCCCCGGCGGAGGAAGUCGGUGAAGAACGGGCAGGCGGAGCAGGAGGAGGGCGCGGAGCAGACCCACAUCUCCCCCAACGCCAUCUUCAAGGCGCUGCAGGCAGACUCGCCGCAGUCCUCCUCCAGCAUCAGCGAGGUGCACUCGCCCGGGGAGCACUCGGGCCAGUCGCAGGGGCCCCCCACGCCGCCCACCACGCCCAAGACGGACCCGCAGCCGGGCAAGCAGGACCUGAAGCGGGAGGCGCGGGCGCUGGGCGAGGGCGGCCGGCAGCCGCCGCACAUCGACUUCCGCGACGUGGACAUCGGCGAGCUCAGCAGCGAUGUCAUCUCCAACAUCGAGACCUUCGACGUCAACGAGUUCGACCAGUACCUUCCACCCAACGGGCACCCGGGGCAGCCCGGCCAGGUCACCUACACGGGCAGCUACGGCAUCAGCGGCGCCGCGGGCACGCCGGCGGGCGUCUGGAUGGCCAAGCAGCAGCAGCCAGCGCUGGGCACCGAGCAGGGCCCGCAGCAGCAGCAGCAGCAGCAAAGGACGCACAUCAAGACGGAGCAGCUGAGCCCCAGCCACUACAGCGAGCAGCAGCAGCACUCCCCGCAGCAGCAGCAGCAGCAGCAGCAGCUGAGCUACAGCUCCUUCAACCUGCAGCACUACGGCUCGUCCUACCCCAGCAUCAGCCGCGCGCAGUACGAGUACGGCGAGCACCAGGGCUCCUCGGGCUCCUACUACAGCCACGCCGGGCAGGGCAGCGGCAUCUACUCCACCUUCAGCUACAUGAGCCCCACGCAGCGCCCCAUGUACACCCCCAUCGCCGACACGGCCGGGGUGCCCUCCAUCCCCCAGACCCACAGCCCGCAGCACUGGGAGCAGCCCGUCUACACGCAGCUCACCCGGCCCUAAGAGGGAGGCAGGCGUGACAAAAAAUAAAAUAAAUUUAAAAAAAAAAACAAAAAAAAAGGCAGGAAAGUGAGGAAAAAAUUAGAAAAAACAAAAAAAAAAGAAAAAAAAUCAGCAAAGCGCGAAAGCAGCGAGGACGAGCUGCCUCGGACUGGUUCGGUGUUUGAAAUUGAAAUGAGAAUUCAAAAGACGCUCACAGUGGAAGCUGGCGGGGAGGAGAGAGCGCCUCGAGCCUUCUGCACUACAGCAUCCUCCAGGACCUGCUCCCAGCCCCAAAAUUUGGGACAGACUUGCCAAGGACUGGACUUGAACUCUGCUUCUUCCAGCGUGGAGAGGAGAUUUCCACCCAACCCGCCCAGCUGGCUCCUUCUCUGGACUUUUGUAAUGAUUUUUUUUUUUUUUUAGCAGUAAUUAAAAGCAAGACAAAAAAAAUAAAAAAAAGAAGAAAAAAAAAAGGGGGGGUAAAAGAGAAAACUCAGAGUCCUCUGUGAGGAAUAUUCUCUAUUUUAAAUAUUUUUAGUAUGUACUGUGUAUGAUUCGUUACCAAUUUGAGGGGAUUUAUACCUAUUUUUUAGAGAUUUUUUUCAAAUGCUCUUAUUUUUCCAACAGCUAAAAAAACAGAAAUGACACUUAGUGGAGCAGCCCUAGGUUUUCUUGCAGAGGUAUUUUUGUAUAGAGAAGUGUCUUUUUUGCUCUAAAAAUGAAACUAAACCAGCGUGCUCUGCCCUGGGAACCCAGCUCCGGGGCAGGCACCAGCAUGGGAGAGGCUUUAUUUUUCUAACUCGUAGCAAAACCAGCCAGGAGGAGAACUUCACUUUAUUUUUUAAUAACCUUGAGCCUUAAAAGAAAAACAAAAAAGAGGAAAAAAAAAAUUAAAAAUCCACAGAGCAGCCCCCAAGUGCUGCUGGAAGCCUUAAAGCAGCCCCGUGAUAAUCACUGGCUCCGGGCUGGGGCUGAGCCCGACCCCUCCGGGCACCCCCUGCCCACCCCAGGGUGCCAAACCCAGCCAGGGGCUCCCCUCUGCUGGGAGCCCUCCCAGAUCCUUUAAAUUAUUUAUUUGGGGAGAAGAGCAGCUUUUAAUCACCAUUUCCCUUGGGUUUUGUUGUUUUAAUCUCCCCUCCAAGGCGUUUCAGAAGCGUUGCAUUAGUUGGGAGCAUUAUUUGGAAGGUGACCGUGCCUGUUAAAUUAUGGUCUGAAACUGUAACCAGUCCUUUAUUUAUCUCUUUAAUUCCUUUUGGUUGUUGUUAUUAUUAUUAUUAUUAUUCUUUUUUUGGAAUCUGUGUCCUGGGUUUGUACAAACUUUGUGCUCUUCUUUUUUUUUUUUUUUUUGUUUUGUUUGAGGUUUUAUUUUUUUUUUCUUUUUCCUUCGAGGAGAAACUGGAAGAAAAAAAAAAAAAGAAAAAUGAGAUUUGUACAAACUAAAGAUUGCAAAUGUAGCGGAUCACUGAAUCAUUUGCCUUGUUUCCUGCCUCAGCUCUCUGGGACACACGAGCUCGUGCAAGGACGAGCCCCACACCCCAGCCCUGCUGCAGGGGUGGCACCGUUUUAGCCUUCAACCCCCCCAAAAACUGCCUGGGAGAGGUGGGGGGGACACUGAUUUUGGUGAAGCUGUGGCUGAACAGUUAAGGAUUGCUUUUUAAAAAAGACAGCAGACUUUUUUUAUUUAAAAAAAAAAGAUAUAUUUGUUAACUUUUUUUUUUUAGGGAUUCAGUAGGAGAAAAAAAAUCUUAAAGCACUCUUAUAAUAUGGCAUCUUUCUAUUUCUGUAUAAAAGCAGAUCUUUUUAAAGUAUUUCUGUAACUUAAAAGACCUGUCCUUUAAAUCAUAUUUUGUCUUUAGGUAAGUUCGGUUUGGUUUUGGUUACAAGAUCCUUCUCUUUGUGAAACUUACCUUUUUUUUUUGUUUUGGUUUGGUGUUUUUUGUUUUUGGUUUUUUUUUUUGUAUAUUAUUGUUUGCAAUAAAUAUACAUCGUAUCAAAAGUUC